CAGUCUCGAGAGGCUUCUCUUCCAAGAGAGAUUCAAUCUGGGCGAGAGAGAAAAGUCACGAAUUCCCGAGAAAGUUACGGAAAUUUUAAAAAAUGCGUAGAUCGCGAUCACUAUUGUUAAUAGCUUUGUCACUUCUCUUCACAUUCUGCACUAUCUCUAACGCUCUUUAUGGACCAUCGUCGCCAGUGGUUCAGCUCACUCCUUCAAAUUUCAAGUCCAAGGUUUUAAAUUCAAAUGGAGUUGUUUUGGUUGAGUUCUUUGCACCUUGGUGUGGUCAUUGUCAAGCUUUAACACCUACGUGGGAGAAGGCAGCCAAUGUCUUGAAAGGAGUUGCCAUUGUGGCGGCCCUUGAUGCUGAUGCUCACAAGUCCCUUGCUCAGGAAUAUGGGAUUAGAGGAUUUCCUACAAUAAAGGUGUUUGCCCCUGGAAAACCUCCAGUAGAUUAUCAAGGAGCUAGGGAUGUCAAACCUAUUGCAGAAUUUGCCCUCCAGCAGGUAAAGGCACUUUUGAAAGAUCGUUUGGCUGGGAAAGCAUCUGGAGGAUCAAGUGAGAAAUCUGAAUCUAGUGCAUCGGUAGAAUUGAAUUCCCACAACUUUGAUGAAUUGGUGCUCAAAAGUAAAGAACUUUGGAUUGUGGAAUUUUUUGCACCUUGGUGUGGACACUGUAAGAAACUUGCUCCUGAGUGGAAGAGGGCUGCUAAUAACCUGAAGGGGAAGGUGAAGCUUGGUCAUGUUGACUGCGAUUCUGAGAAGUCUCUCAUGAGCAGGUUCAAUGUGCAAGGAUUCCCUACCAUCUUAGUAUUUGGUGCUGACAAAGACAGCCCAACUCCUUAUGAGGGUGCUAGAACUGCCUCUGCUAUCGAAUCAUUUGCUCUGGAGCAGCUUGAAACCAAUGUUGGACCUGCUGAAGUGACAGAGCUGACUGGCCCAGAUGUCUUGGAGGAGAAAUGUGGUUCCGCUGCCAUAUGCUUUGUUGCUUUCUUACCUGACAUUUUAGACUCCAAGGCAGAAGGAAGGAACAAGUACCUGGAGAUGUUAUUGUCAGUUGCAGAGAAAUUUAAAAGGAGUCCUUACAGCUAUGUUUGGGCUGCAGCUGGUAAGCAACCAGAUCUAGAGAAGCGUGUAGGUGUUGGCGGGUACGGUUAUCCAGCUCUUGUAGCUUUGAAUGUGAAGAAAGGGGCAUAUGCUCCGCUCAAAAGUGCAUUUGAGCUUGAGCAUAUCAUAGAGUUUGUGAAGGAAGCAGGGCGUGGAGGCAAGGGAAAUUUACCAUUGGAGGGCACUCCUGACAUUGCAAAGACAGAACCAUGGGAUGGCAAAGAUGGAGAAAUCAUUGAAGAGGAUGAGUUCUCCCUUGAAGAGCUCAUGGGAGAAGUUACAGCAAGCAGCAAGGAUGAAUUGUGAUAGAUUGGAAAUAGGGGAGUCAGUCAAGGCAAAAAGAAGAUUGAUGUACCGGGUAACGUGGUUGUUUCAUGAUUUGGUUUUUCACUAAUUGGAUUAUAUUUGAAGUGUCUGUUUUCCCAUCGUGAAAUGGAAUUCUUGUGAUGAACAUUCUCAAGUCUGCCAUUAUUAUCGAAUGUAACCCUUCCACGUUUUUCUGAGUUACUUUAAUAUGUGGUAAAGAAAGUUAUAGAGAAUCAAGAUGACCUAAUCCUCUAUUAACAAGGGAUUAUAUUAACUAUCACUCUUCUUCUGGGCUGGAUCGGCCCAACCAUGACCCAAAGGUAAAAAAACA